CCAGGGACUAGAGGAGCGUGGUCCUGGGGUGGCCGACGGGGUGGUCUGGCCCGGUGCGCACAAGGCAGAGGAGGUAGCUGCGGUCCUUGUUAAGUGACCGAGGCCAGAGGGACGCUCGUCGCUGCGUUGGCAACACCUGGGAACCCCAAGUCCCCGAGGAGGCGUGGCGGCGAGGUGCCGGCGGGUCGGGUCUGCCUCCUAGCCCACAGCGGGGAAACUGAGGCCCUCAGGGCGGUCUCCUCACCAGCGUCUCCACACACACCAUGGCCGAACCGCUGAAGGAGGAGGACGGCGAAGACGGCUCUGGGGAACCCCCUGGGCGGGUGAAGGCAGAACCUGGCCACACGACGACCUCUGUCGUGGCCAAGAACCUGGCCCUGCUCAAAGCCCGCUCCUUCGACGUGACCUUUGACGUGGGGGACGAGUACGAGAUCAUCGAGACCAUAGGCAAUGGGGCCUAUGGGGUGGUGUCCUCGGCGCGCCGCCGCCUCACGGGCCAGCAGGUGGCCAUCAAGAAGAUACCCAAUGCUUUCGACGUGGUGACCAAUGCCAAACGGACCCUCAGGGAACUGAAGAUCCUCAAACACUUCAAACACGACAAUAUCAUCGCCAUCAAGGACAUCCUGAGGCCCACUGUGCCCUAUGGAGAGUUCAAAUCUGUCUAUGUGGUACUGGACCUCAUGGAGAGCGACCUGCACCAGAUCAUCCACUCCUCACAGCCGCUAACACUGGAGCAUGUUCGAUACUUCUUGUACCAGCUGCUUCGGGGCCUCAAGUAUAUGCACUCUGCUCAGGUCAUCCACCGUGACCUUAAACCCUCUAACCUUUUGGUGAACGAGAACUGUGAGCUCAAGAUUGGAGACUUUGGAAUGGCCCGUGGCCUGUGUACCUCCCCUGCUGAACACCAGUACUUCAUGACUGAGUAUGUGGCUACUCGCUGGUACCGUGCCCCUGAACUCAUGCUUUCCUUGCAUGAGUACACACAGGCUAUUGACCUCUGGUCUGUGGGCUGCAUCUUUGGUGAGAUGCUGGCUCGGCGACAACUCUUCCCGGGCAAAAACUAUGUGCACCAGUUACAGCUGAUCAUGAUGGUGUUGGGAACCCCAUCACCAGCUGUGAUUCAGGCUGUGGGGGCUGAAAGGGUGCGGGCCUAUAUCCAGAGCCUGCCACCACGGCAGCCUGUGCCCUGGGAGACAGUAUACCCAGGUGCUGACCGCCAGGCCCUCUCACUGCUGGGCCGCAUGUUGCGAUUUGAACCCAGUGCCCGGAUUUCAGCUGCUGCCGCCCUUCGUCACCCCUUCCUGGCUAAGUACCAUGACCCUGAUGAUGAGCCUGAUUGUGCCCCACCUUUUGACUUUGCUUUUGAUCGUGAAGCCCUUACCAGGGAGCGCAUUAAGGAAGCCAUUGUGGCUGAGAUCGAGGACUUCCAUGCACGACGGGAGGGCAUCCGCCAACAAAUCCGCUUCCAGCCUUCUCUGCAGCCUGUGGCUAGUGAGCCUGUGUGUCCAGAUGUUGAGAUGCCCAGUCCCUGGGCUCCAAGUGGAGACUGUGCCAUGGAGUCACCUCCUCCAGCACCACCACCAUGCUCUGGCCCUGCACCUGACACUGUUGAUCUGACUCUGCAGCCUGCGCCCCCAGCCAGUGAGCUUGCCCCACCAAAAAGAGAAGGUGCCAUCUCUGACAACACCAAAGCAGCCCUCAAAGCUGCCCUGCUCAAGUCCCUGAGGAGCCGGCUCAGAGAUGGCCCCAGUGCACCCUUGGAGGCACCUGAACCUCGAAAGCCCGUGACAGCUCAGGAACGCCAGCGAGAGCGAGAAGAGAAGCGGAGGAGGCGACAAGAGAGAGCCAAGGAGCGGGAGAAGCGACGACAAGAGCGGGAACGCAAGGAGAGGGGGGCUGGUGCCUUGGGGGGGCCCUCUACUGACCCCCUGGCUGGACUGGUGCUUAGUGACAAUGACCGAAGCCUGCUAGAGCGGUGGACUCGCAUGGCUCGGCCUCCUGCCCCAACUCCAACUCCAGCCCCAGCCCCAUCACCUGCCCAACCCACCAGUCCUCCCACUGGCCCUGUAUCUCAGUCUGCUGGUCCUUCUCUACAGCCUGCAGGCUCUAUUCCUGGUCCUGCUUCCCAGCCUGUUUGCCCACCCCCAGGCCCUGCUCCCCAGCCUUCUGGCCCUCCUGGACCUAUCCCUGCCCAACUCCAAGCUGCCCCUUCCACUAGCCUUCUGGCCUCUCAGUCACUUGUGCCAACUAGUGGGUUGCCUGGCUCCAGUGCCCCAGAAGUUCUGCCUUACUUCCCAUCUGGUCCACCACCUCCAGAUCCUGGGGGGCCCCCUCAGCCUUCUACAUCAGAGUCGCCUGAUGUCAACCUGGUGACCCAGCAACUGUCCAAGUCUCAGGUGGAGGACCCCCUGCCUCCUGUGUUCUCAGGCACUCCAAAGGGCAGUGGGGCUGGCUACGGUGUUGGCUUUGACCUAGAGGAAUUCUUAAACCAAUCUUUCGAUAUGGGUGUGGCUGAUGGGCCACAGGAUGGCCAGGCAGACUCAGCUUCACUCUCAGCCUCCCUCCUGGCUGACUGGCUUGAGGGCCAUGGCAUGAACCCCGCUGACAUCGAGUCUCUGCAGCGUGAGAUCCAGAUGGACUCCCCAAUGCUGCUGGCUGACCUGCCUGACCUCCAGGAGCCCUGAAACCCACAGCUUGUGCCUUGCUGCCAGGAUAGACCCAGAUUCAAGGUCCAGGGAUGCAAUCCAGAGGCCUGUAGCCUUGGCACUGGCAGGUGAGGCUCAGCUUGAGUUACUCUGCAGGUUCAUCUCAGACCCACCUUUCAGCCUUAAGCAGCCACCUGAGCCACCACCGAGCCAUAGCAGGAUUGGGAGACUCUACUCCCCCUGAGAAGUCUUCUCCAGUAUUGUAUUUUUAUUGUUGUAAUAUGCAUUUGUUUUGCCAUCAAAAUGAAGUCUGUGAAAUAUAAGGUUUCCUUUAA